AUUUGUUUAUAAACUUUGCAAGUUACAUUUUACUGCGAUGUCUGUUAGCUAAAAGCGAACGUUAUCCACUAACUACCAGCAUUUUUGCAGACAGAGCCCAGCACUGUAACCUCUUACAUACUGCUAACCUAAUGAAGUCAUGCAUUCAAAGAUAAGUCAUUGAGGCUUCAAUCCAGGUCAGGCUGCAGUUGAAGAUGGCAGGUCGUGGGCGUUUGCCACAGACAUCAAGACGUAAAAGACCCCAUCCACCAGUAUUCGGUGGUACAAGUAGUAGCUUCAAAGAUAAAGACAAUGACUAUGCAUGCCCUAUAUGUUUUGAGAUCAUAGAUGAAGCACAUAUGACGAAAUGUGGCCAUUCCUUUUGUUUUCGAUGCAUAAAACAGAGUUUGGAGAGAAGUAAUAGAUGUCCAAAAUGUUAUCGUUCAAUAGAAAAUCCUGCUCAAAUAUUCCCAAAUUUCACAUUAAAUGAUAUGAUACUGAAGUAUAAAGAAGACAAGUCUGCUGGUAAAAGAAAUAAGUGUGAACAGUCCACAUCCAAAGCGCAAGAAGAAGUGGGUAUUGGAGAUGUGAAUAACCUCUUGGAUCUUCUAGUACAGAAAAAACACAAGUUGGAAGCGGAUGGCAAAGUGGUAGAGACUUUUAUUUUGAAAGAAUUUCUGCAACAAAUUAAAGAACGAAAGGAAAUGAAGUUAAAGCAGAUAAAAAGUGAAAUAGAAGUUUUAGAAAGUGACAUUACCAAGGUGGAUGAUGAUAUAAGUGAAUAUAACCAGAAAUACUGCCCUGAUCAUCUAGUACCAAGUGGUUUUGAUGUUGGCCGAGUUUUUGCAGAAGCAUCAGACUCCACAGAAACAAAUCAAGAUGGCUUCAAUGGAAGUAAAAAUGUAGAUAAAGUCUUGCUUCAACCAUCGCUAGCCUCCCGAAGAAAGAAAUUAAGUGAUCAUUUUAAUGAUUUAGAACAAUGUUACUUCUCUGUUCGUGUAAAGGAGGUGACUGGAGUUGAUAACGGGAGUAACGCAGGGCUAGAAGAAUUUACAGAGAGUUUAUCAAAGUUUUUCAGAUUCUCUUCGUGCAGACCCUUAGCCACUUUAAAUUACUCUGUAGAUUUAUACGGUGCUUCUUGUAUUGUAUCCAGUAUAGAGUUCGAUCGAGACUGUGACUAUUUUGCUAUCGCUGGAGUUACAAAAAAAAUUAAGAUCUACGAAUAUGGUGUUGUCAUUAAGGAUGCUGUGGACAUUCAUUAUCCUAUGUUAGAAAUGAUGUGCAACUCCAAAAUCAGCUGUGUAACAUGGAGCACCUAUUAUAAGAAUGUAUUGGCCAGUUCAGACUAUGAAGGCACAGUUACUUUAUGGGAUGUCAAUACAAACAAAAAAACUAAAAAAUUUCAGGAACACGAGAAAAGAUGUUGGAGCGUCGAUUUUAAUGGAAUGGAUCCUAAAUUAAUAGCUUCUGCUUCAGAUGAUGCUAAAGUGAAACUAUGGUCAACGAAUAACGAACAUUCCAUCGCUAAUAUAGAAGCUAAUGCUAAUGUUUGUUGUGUUAAGUUUAACCCACAAAGCAGAUACCAUCUAGCCUUUGGUUCAGCAGAUCACAAUGUUCAUUAUUAUGAUUUACGAAAUACUAAACAGGCACUAGCAGUAUUUAGUGAACAUAAAAAAGCUGUUUCUUAUGUUAAAUUUCUGAACAGUACAGAAAUAGUUUCUGCUUCAACAGACAGCCAGUUAAAAUUAUGGGAUAUAUCUCAUUCCUUUUCUAAAAGGACAUUUGAAGGGCAUACGAAUGAGAAGAAUUUUGUUGGAUUGGCUACAGAUGGGGACUAUAUAACUUGUGGUAGUGAAAACCAUGCGCUAUAUUUCUAUUACAAGGGUUUAGCUAAAGAAUUAAUGACAUUUAAAUUUGAUUCCAAUUUACUAGAAAAAGAUAGCAGAAAACCAGAAGAUCACAAAGAGUUUGUUAGUGCUGUAACAUGGAAACCAAACUCUAAUGUGGUAGUAGCUGCUAAUAGCCAGGGCACUGUAAAGGUGAUUGAAUUGGUUUAAAAAUAGAAACAAUCAAUCAACAAUC